AUGAAACGCGUCCUCGAAUGCAUCGCCAUCCUGAUCACCGCCGCAACCUCGGCCGUCGCCUCGGCCCAGGUCAGCGUCGUCUGCACGACCGGCAUGAUCGCGGACGUGGCCAGUGAAAUCGCCGGGGAUCACGCGACCGUGACGAGCCUCAUGGGCGAGGGCGUGGACCCCCACCUCUACAAGCCGACGCGGACGGACAUCACCGCGAUCCUGCGCGCCGACGUUGUGUUCUACAACGGCCUGCACCUCGAAGGGAAGAUGACCGACGCCCUGACGCGUGCCGCGAACGCCGAGCGGGUCGUGAUCGCUCUCGGCGACGCGCUGGACCACUCAACACUCCUCGAGGACGAGGAAACGCCCGGCCACCCGGAUCCGCACGUCUGGAUGGACCCAACCGCGUGGGCGAAGAUCGUCCCGGCCAUCGAAUCGGCGUUGAGCGAGCAGGACCCCGAGAAUGCCGGGGCUUACCGCGAGCGCGCGAGGGAGUACGCGGAAGAGCUCGAGGCCAUCGACGCUUAUGCGGAACGCGUGCUCGGCACGGUGCCCGAAUCGGGGCGCGUCCUCGUCACGGCGCACGACGCCUUCGGUUACCUGGGCCGGCGCUACAACAUGGAGGUGGUGGGCAUCCAGGGGAUCUCGACGGAAUCGGAGGCGGGCCUGCGCGACAUCGAGCGGCUCGUCGACAUGCUCGUCACCCGGGAGAUCAAGGCGGUCUUCGUCGAGUCCACCGUCUCCGACCGCAACGUCAAGGCCCUGAUCGAGGGCGCCAGGGCCCGCGGGCACGAGGUGACCAUCGGCGGCGAGCUCUACUCCGACGCGAUGGGCGCUCCGGGCACCUACGAGGGGACGUACAUCGGCAUGAUCGACCACAACGUCACGACGAUCGCCCGCGCCCUGGGCGGCGACGCCCCCGCGAGCGGGUUCAGCGGGAAGCUUGCCCCGCGGUGA